AUGUGCCACUCUGGCAUCGCAGUGACCCCGGCCACGGCCACCCGCGGGUCCCCAUUGCGGCACCGUGCCAUUGCAGGGCAGCGCGGGCAGAGGCAGCUCUCGGCCCGGCGGAGCCCCCAGCUGCUCCUCAGCCACCGUGCGCAGGUGACGCGGCACCAGCGCACGCAGCACCGGCACCUGCUGCUCUUCCCGCACGCCGUGGCCAUCGCCAGCUUCAAACGCGGCUCCACCUUCCGGCUGAAGCACCGGGUGCGCCUCAGCGAGCUGUGGGUGCCGUGCCGCGAGGAGGCGGUGGCGGCGGCCAGGCCAGAGGACGAGGACGAGGUCUUUGGCCCCAAGUGCAGCCAGACCCUCAUCCUCGUCUGGCCCACGGGCCUCUGCGUGGUCACUUUUGGGUCGCAGGAGGUGAAGCCGCUGUGGCUGGACACCAUCCUCAGCCAGAGCCAGGGAGCCCCGGGAGCCAGAGUCACCCGCCUGCCCUCCCUGCGGCUCCUCACCACGGUGGUCGGCUUCUACGGGCCCGAGGUGUCGCUGACCGCCAGGACCGUGGAGGCGCUCAUUUUGGCACAGGCUGAAGCCAAGAAAUGCCCCCGGGCGGACUCUUCAGCCGCUGAAGAGCCACUUUGCCAGGCGGCCGCAGGUGGAGCGAAGGGAGGCAAGAAGGUGGAGAUCUCCUGGCCCCUGGCUUGGAGAGGAAGCUCUGCCACCGGGGACUGCCCAGGGCAGCUAGGCUCAGGCCCCCGAGCGGCUCUCUUUGGGCAGCCUCUGGCCCUCAUCUGUGGGCAAGGCGAUGCCCUGCCCCAGCCAGUCCAGGAGCUCCUGGAUAUCCUCCAUGAGAAUGGACCGGCCACAGAGGGCAUUUUCAGGAAAGCUGCCAGCGAGAAGGCGCGCAGGGAGCUGCAAGACGAGCUGGACAGAGGCGGGAAGGUUGAUCUGUCCAGCAAACCCCUGCACCUGCUGGCAGUGGUGCUGAAGGACUUCCUGAGAAACAUCCCCUGCAAACUGCUCCUGGCCGACCUCUAUGAGGAGUGGCUGGUAGCGCUGGAGAAGCCCAGCCUGCAGGAGAAGACUGCGCAACUGCAAGAGGUGGCUGGCAAGCUGCCUCCAGCAAACCGCCUCUUGCUCCAGCGCUUGCUCUCGCUGCUCCACCACAUCAGCGAGAAUGCAGAGAGCAGCCGGAUGGAUGCCAGGAACCUGGCAAUCUGCGUGGGGCCAAACUUGCUCAGCCCCGCCAUGGACGACACGCUCCCGCCGGCCAUGCAGAAAGAGAGCACUGACAAGGUGACACUCUUGGUGGAGCUGCUCAUCAACAACUGUGCAGCAGUCUUUGCGGACGACAUUGCCUUGCCACUCGGGCCCUCGACCGAGGAGUCACCGGAGCGCACAGUCAGCUCCACAGAACACCCAGCUACUGCUCAGCACAACCUUGCUGCCUUCAACAGCCCCGAGCCUGCAGCUGAAGGCAGCCCCGCCACCUCGGACCUGCAGCAGCCGAAGGCGGCAAGCGCUUCUGUGAGCAGCAGUUGUCUGAGCUGCCUCUCUGCCCCGUCGCUCACUACCUGGAAGCAGGAGACGAGCAGCAUGCCCAGGAGCUUCUCAGAGGCAGACCUGUGCUGCCACAGGAGCAACCUGGAAGGCAGGAGAAGGGGCCCGGAGGUAACCCAAAGCGAAGGGCAUUUUCCCCUUCCACAGACAAAGCACAGCUUGGAGGAGAGGGCACUGCAAACAACGCCUUGCCAUCCCCAAGUCACCCUUCUCAAACGGCACUCUCUCCCCACAACCUCCUCCGGCUGCUCCCUGCAGAGCUCCUUUGCUCUCGAUGGCUCGGUCCUCACCAGCUCUCCAUUAGUUCCACUGCCGAGCCCCCCACAAAGCUUUCUCAAGAAGGCCCAGGCUUUUCCCAGCAAGCCCAAGGACGACAGCAGCACACGCGGCAGACCCGUCAGAAAGCACUCCAGGGCGUUCUCUCUUGCAAACCGCAGCCAAGCGCUCCACCAAGUCCCACAUUCUGCAGGCAUGCCUGGAGGACAGGAGCUUUCUGAGAGACAGCUCCUCGAGCAAAGACAAUCAGCUCUCCUGCAGAAGUGGAACUCAGCAUGGCACCAGGAACAAGAGCCUCAGGAAGCCGUCCAGGCUUCCAAAGAUUACAUUGCUGCGCAGAGAUCGAUGGGGCACAGCCACCCUAAACGCCCAUUUGUGCUCCGCAGAGACAGCAGGCAUAAGGGCUAUCGAGGGGCAUUCUCCGGCUAUGGGUGCCGAGUCCCAUUUAGAAACUGA